GAAAGAACAGUCACGCUCUCCAACACUUUGUUACACGAAAUUGUUUACGGUUCCUUCGCAAAACCAUGACUCAAAAGAGAAGAAAUUGCGGACGUAACAAGCACGGCCGUGGCCACGUCAAGUUUGUUCGCUGCAUUAACUGCAGCCGUGCCGUCCCUAAGGACAAGGCUAUCAAGCGCUGGACUAUCCGUAACAUGGUUGAAACUGCCGCCAUCCGUGAUAUGUCUGAGGCUUCUGUUUACAGCGAGUACACCAUUCCCAAGUUGUACGUCAAGUUGCAAUACUGUGUCUCUUGCGCUAUUCACUCCCGUGUUGUUCGUGUUCGCUCUCGUGACGGCCGUCGUAUCCGCACUCCUCCUCCUCGUGUGCGUUACAACCGUGACGGUAAGAGAGUCAACCCUGCUGCCCUUGCCAAGACUGUCCUCUAAAGUGGUUAUGAUAGAUUAAAUAUGGAAGGGAAUGAAAUUAUAACUUGGUAUACGUCAGUUGUCUAUCAGUUUGUAUACGAUUGACCACCAGUAGUGAAUAGAGCCUAAACAGGUCUGUAUGCAAGGUAAGUUUAAAGCCCAUCAAAACUGUAGAUAUGAUGCAAGUUCUUGGUAUAUGGUACUUUGAAUUAUAACAUAGUAUUAUAUAAGGGAAUGAAGUCUAGGAUCUAUAUAGUAAGAAAUAGCACAUUAUCCAAAAUAUGCUCAAGUAAA